UUUCUUUGUGAGUAGGAGAAUGAACAACAUUAAAGUGAGCCCACUGAAAAAAUAAUUUGGACCCAGGAGUUGGUGCUGACUUUCGCGGAAGCAAAGGUCUGGACGAAUUGCAGGAGGGGAGAGGAGGGCAAGGGACUUGUUGGAAGUGUCAGGAGCAAGCACUGAUGCUUUGUCUCCUGCCGAUGACAGCAAAGUUCUUAAUGGAAGAUGAUCCCAAUCAAUAGGGCCAGACAGCUGAUUUAUAUAAUGGAAUCAAGCUGAAGCAGUGGUCUUCCUCUGCAGAGUGAUGUGAAAGGGAAAAGGCUACUAGACGAGAAUAACCAAGGGACUCCACAAGUACAGCUGCUGGUGUUCAGAAAUGUGUUCCCCAUCAGCAAACCACAGGAGAGCUCCAGAGAGCAGCCUACUUCAGCCUGGAUGCUGAGGAGGGACGGUGGGGCGAGUGUUGCUGCUGGAUUUUGGCUGCAGCUGCCGCUGCCGCUGUCGUUGGGCACGCACCGCAGUGAGGGGUCUGACCGCAUAGACUGUUCUGCGGAGCCUGGGUCUGGCCAGGAAUGAGAAGUUAAAGGGCGAGGGCUGGGAGGAGCAAACCCAAACAAGAAAUCUAGGGAGCAAAAGGAGAGAAAGGGUGAUCUCGAGCCAAGACAUCAGGCCAAGUGGAACUGGAGGCAAUGUCAUCAUUGGUAAAGGAGGACUUGGAGAAGAAACUGUUUAAGCCACUCUCCCAGAAUCUGUACGAGUUUAUUGAAAUAGAGUUCUCCGUCCAGGACAGGUAUUACCUCUGUGUGUCAGUGACCAAAACUGAAGAAGUAAAAAUAAUUAUGGUGAAACACUACAGAAUAGGCUUAGAUGAAAAAUAUGAAGUAACAAAAAAGUGGUCUUUGAACGAUCUGCAGAUGAUUGAUGGAAAAGAAGCAGAUACUGACAAUCCAUUUUUUGAUCUGCACUUCAAGAAAGUGUACAGUUUGGAAGCAUAUAGUUGUGCUUCUAAAUAUGCCUUUGCUCGAACUGUGAAUAAGCUGAAUCAUGCAUAUCUUAAGAAGGACUUGCAGAUUGUGAACUUUGAUUCUACUUACAUUAAUGAUGAUUCCAUUUGGUCCUCAAACAAUAAGGAUUGCUUGGUUCUUAUGAGAAUAUGCUUUUAUGCUUUCAAUCUAGUAUGCUUAUCCCUGUGUCCCCUGCCACUCUGAAGAUAAAUACUAUGUUCCUUCAUCUGUAUGCUAUGAAAAUGGUUCCCUAGAUAAAUACUGAUAGUCAUGAUUUUGCUUUUCCCUUCAUCAGUGACUAUUAUUUAUAUGAAAAUAAAGUGAUGCUUUGUGAAUUGCA